UCCAAAGACCAUUUGCUUAGCAGUCUUCCUUUUGUAAAUCAAUGUACCAUUUCUUAACAAUAUAGAUAUAAACCACAGGAGUCAACUUAUUUUACUAUUAAAGCAUUUAUGACACACUGCCAUCACAAUAUGUCAUGCAUCACAAUGCUAUCCACUGCUUGAUUUUAUGGAUGCAGGCAAAAAUGUAAGUUCAAACUAUCCUGCAGGCGACAGCGGAUUUUCGUUUAGGCUCCCAUCUUUGUUUCCAUUACAUUGUUUCUGUUUACCCAUAAUAAAGAGUAAAAGUCAUUUUCAUUUGUGUGCAGCAAAUCAGGAGAAAAACAAAUGCUAAAUCGGAAACAUUACUACAUGGUGUGAUAGGAAACGUGAAAGCUUUGAUGGCAUUGCUGACAAUUAUGAAGGCAAGUUGAGCAUUACUGGUUGUCAAAAAUGUGACAAUGUUGGUAAAUAUAACAGAUCUCAACAGCUCAGUGUGGUUUUUUCAGAGCGGACACAUUUGAACACCAUCCUGUUUCAUGUCCCAAAGUUGACUAAAAUAACAAGGCUUGGGAGUAUUUUGUAGAUUGCAUUCCACACAAGUUAAACCAACAUCGUUACCAGGUUUAUACACUGUUAAAGAUAUUCAUUGAGUUCAAGAAUAAGAAUGUUAUGCUAGUUUUCAACUGAUACUGUUUAAAAAAAGACUUGAGUGGAGAACAGCAAUAUUUUUAUUGUACAGUGGUGAGAGAAUUUUGGGUGAGAUACCUGUAUAUUGUAAGCAAAGCCAAGUUUGUAUACAUUGUCACUUAGAAACAGCAUAGGAAGAGUCUUGAUGAGAGGAGGCACAGACAUGGCACUUUCAGCCUCUGACUCAUCCCAGUUUAAACACUUCCUUGCCAGGAGGUUGCCAUGGAGUGGCCAAAACAUAAUUCACUGUUGCAGUCAACAGCCCACAUAAUCUAUAAUAUUUUCCAAUGCUAAUGGGUCAACAUUUGUACAAACCAGACCAUGACUCAUCGUUCAAAAGGAAGCUUGUAACUGACAAUUUAAAAGGUUAAAAUGUAUAAAUAUACAAAUACUAAAUCACACAUUAAAAAAAUAUCCUGUAAACAAUAAAGUCAAACAUCUAGACAAUGUUAGAUUUUUAAAAGACACUUGAAAGAUCUCUCAUGUUUCUUAUACCUGUAAAAAAAUAAUAGUUGAGAUCCAAGGAGAUGUAGAAACUCAUGGCUUCAGAUAGGCUGGCUAUUUUCCUCUUUGAACAGCAAAACAUGAUAAAUCAUAACUACUUUUGACAAUUCUCCAUGACCUAAAGCCAAUUGUGGGUUCAACCUAGAGUAAGCCUGGUAAAUCAAUGGGAACUUAGUAAAGUAAUAAUUAAGUUUCAUUGAUUUCACGGGUCCAUUCUAGGAGAAAAGCAACUUAAAGGACAAAAAUACUUUCUGGAGGACGUAACAAAAAUGUUCCCCUAAGAUCAACAGCGACAACAUCUACGCCCGUCUCUGUAAAUCCCGUGAUCGGAACCAAUACCAAAUUUUAUUUGAUUGAAUUAACAAUAAUGUAACUAAAUGAUUUGGAUUGUGUGUGUUUAUGGGAUGAGGCCCCUGGAGGGUUUCCAGCUUCUGAAAAGCCCUUCCACGGGAAGUCUGGCUGAUUCGCUCCUUGUUUUUCUUUUGCCAGCAGGCAGUCUUUCCUGAUCAAGCAGGGAUUUUAUGAGUAACUGCUUGCAACCAGCCUUUUGAGUAAUAUGAAUGCUUGCUUUAUUUUGGCCCCUGUAUACUUUUCUAAUUUUACAAUAUGUUCAUUCUGUUGUUAUAACGUAACUUUGUGUUUUAAAUGUACUGUUCAGGUUUUCACUUAUUCUUUUAGUGAGCUGAUUCGGGUCCCUCUCGAUUCCAUGAGAAAUACAGCAUCUAAAUGAAAUAAAAUAAGUAAUGUUGGCAGAGGGUGGGGGAAUCACCUCUAUCUUGUUCUGCUGACACAACUUCUUCCAUCAGCCUAAGUAUUCAAUUGGAUCCUGGCCUUCAUACUUCAAGUAAUGGAUGGAAGUCUACUACUGAUUGAUGUAUGGUGUUGAUUUCACUUUUUUAUGUUCAGAAAUAUUAAUUCAUGUAUUUCCAUGUUUAUGAAAUAAUGUGUAAAACAUAACCAAGCCACCCUACAUAAAACAAAAAUUUAAAAAUAAGUACCAUUUUAGAAAGGUCACCGGGGGGAGGGGGGGAGUAGAGAGAGAAUUACUUCCUUUUUACAAUGUUGAUAUUAAGUUUGCCCACUCUGAAUAUUUACUUCAAAUAGACUUUGUGCAUGCAUACUCAUUAUAACACUGUUUGUAUUAUAAUUAAGUGCUGAAGUAAUUAACAAGCAGUAUAAUAUCCUACUAUCUUUUCCAGGGAUUUUAAUGGCAGGAAAUGUUACAGCAGUAAAAUUACGGCGGUUUAUAGAUUCAGCACCUGAAAUCCCAACAGGGAUUCUUCAUCAUCAAGGAAAGGAUGUUUGUGGUUAUUAUACAGGUCAACUGGCACGGCUUUAUGUUGCAUAUCCUCCUGAAGGGCAGCCAAAACUUUUCACAAAACUACAGCCAAUUCCAGUAAAACAUGAAAUUGAGCCUCACCACGAAUAUGACCACCAUAUUCUGAAGCAGUACAUUCACUACCAAAGGAAAAUGAAGAAAGUCCAUGACUGGCACACACAGACCACAUACAGAGAAGCAUUCACAUUACCAAUCUUCAAGUCAGGUAGUGCUGAUGAUGGUUAUCGCCCAAGAACUGAGGCUGAAUCACUGUCUGUUUGGAAAAGUGUUUCUGUCAAGAGGAGGGGAGGUAAACCUUCAUUUAUGGGAGUUUGAUAAAUUCUUCAUCUAGCAUUUCUAGAAAGCAACAUGGAAGAUCUGUUUCAAGACUGUGUCUAUCAAAAGUGUGAAAACUGUUGCUAAGAAUAUAUGGAUGCUACAGCAAUCUUAAGCACAAACGACGUGGCUUCAAAUUCUUUGAAAAUUUAAAAAAUGGAAGAACUUUAAACGGGCAUAUAUCAAAAUGAGAAGCAAAGCAACAGUAAAAUAACAAUCCUAUACAAUGUAAAGCUGGAGUGACGUUUCAGAGUGCAGAAGUUGGCCACUACAUAUAAGAAGCCUCCUUUAAAUGCAAGUAUAAAGCAGGUGAUGUUACAGAA